AUGCAUUUCCCCCCUCGAUGUAUCUUUUCUCUCGCCUGUUGGUUUCUCCUACAAAAUGGGGGAACUGCGAAAGAAUUAAACGGUCCCACCGGUGCCUUGCAGAUCGACCUUGUAUUUCCACGCAAUGAGACCUACAACCCGUCUCCAAUAAUGCCAAUCGUUUUCUCCUUCCGCAACACUGAGCUGCUUCCCUAUCUCAGACCUUCAAUCUCAUAUGAGGUCUGGAACUACAACAACUUCAGUGCAGACAGUACAUAUGGCGCUAUCGACGUUCCUUCGGUCAAUAAAUCUAGCGUCAACCCACAUAUCGAGUUCAAGUCGCAUUUGUAUCCUUUUAACACAGAAGGUACAUGGAAAGUCAAUUUUCACAUCCGCUGGAAGCAUUGCUAUGUUUCACCGGCCGAACAGGGGCGUCGCGAACUCGAGAUGCUUGAUAUCAACACAACUGAUAUCGGCGUCAUCUUCACCACUAAGGGCACCUCCAAGCAGAUCGACCUUGCUGCGGCGGCUAGCAGGAACUGUUCUUCCCCGUUUGGAGUCACCAUCAACGUCACAGACACAAUGCGAACUCCUUCAUCAGAUCUGGUCUAUGACCAGGAUGUCUGCCCAAUUGUUGCAUCCUCACCGAAAAAAGCUGAUAGCUGUGAUGUUACGCUUGACGCUACCUCUGCGUCGAGUCUCGACGCCUCAAUGACUUCCUGGCUCUCAGAAGGAGGAGAAGAGCACAGCGCUGCAUAG